UUGAAGGCGCCUGCCGCUGCCACCUCGCCCACUCAGAUCAUCGCCGGCUUCUUCCCUUCCUGCGGUGCAUCUCUCUCCAGCUCUGAGGAUCAUGAAGAAGAGGCUGGCAUUAGCGCUGGGGCUGCUGCUGCUGCUUUCCGGGGGAUCAGCACAGGCCAAGGAAAAGUGCCCCAACAAGAAGUACACCGCCAGUGGGGAAUGCUGCAAAGCCUGUAACCUUGGAGAAGGGGUUGCCCAGCCCUGCGGGAUAAACCAAACUGUGUGUGAACCCUGCCUGGACAGUGUGAGCUAUUCAGACAUUGUGAGUGCCAUAGAGCCAUGCAAGCCGUGCAAAGAGUGCGUAGGCCUGGAGAGCAUGUUGGCGCCCUGUGUGGAGUCCGACAACACUGUCUGCAAAUGUAUCUAUGGCUACUACCGGGAUGAGAGGAGCAGCAGCUGCAAAGAGUGCAAAGUCUGUGAAAAGGGCUUUGGCCUUGUGUACCCCUGCAACGACGACCAGAACACCUUAUGUGAGAAAUGCCCGCCGGGGACCUACUCGGAUGAUGCCAACCAUGUGGACCCCUGUUUCCCUUGCACCAUCUGUGAGGAAUAUGAGACCACAAUUGAGGAGUGUACCCCAGUGUCAGAUGCGGUAUGCAGAGGUUUCCCGACGCGAUGGCCAGUGCAGACUUCAGCCCCAGUGGAUUACAACACCAGUGAUGCCGAUAUUUCAACAGAGCUUCCUCCAGAGAGCCCCUUUUCCUUCACGAAUGAUCCAAACGCUCUGGAUGGUUUCGGGAGCACUGUGGCUGACACAGCAACCACUGUCAUGGGCAGCUCUGAGCCGGUCAUCCGAAGCGGCACUGCGGACAACCUCAUCCCUGUGUACUGCUCCAUCUUGGCCGCUGUGGUGGUGGGGCUGGUGGCAUACAUCGCUUUCAAGAGAUGGAACAGCUGCAAGCAGAACAAACAAGGUGCCAACAACCGCCCUGUCAACCAGACACCUUCGCCAGAAGGGGAGAAGCUUCACAGCGACAGUGGCAUUUCGGUGGACAGCCAAAGCCUCCAUGAUCAACAACCACAGACACAAACGGCAUCCAUGCAAGGACUUAAAGGAGAUGGGAACCUUCACACCACUCUGCCAGCCAACAAGCAAGAGGAGGUUGAAAAGCUGCUCAAUAGCUCCACAGAGGAGGCAUGGCGCCAUCUGGCCGGGGAGCUGGGCUACAAGGAAGACCACAUAGACUCCUUCACGCAGGACGAAUAUCCGGUCCGCGCGCUGCUCUCCGACUGGUUCAGCAAGGACAGUGCCACCAUGGAUGCCCUUUAUUCUGCCUUGCGCAAAAUCCAGAGAGGGGACGUUGUGGAGAGCCUUUACAGCGAGUCCACUGCUAGUUCACCAGUGUGAAGCAGGGAGAGGGGGUGGAGGCACUAUGGGUGGUCCCUCUGUGUUCCCCCCACCCUGCUCUUUCCUCACUGGUGCCUCUCAGGAGAAACAUGUGAAGGAAAAAUGGAGUUUGUUCCCCCCCCCAGUUCAGGGAAUCAUGGAGCAACCCUACGUAUAUGCACUGACUUGGUUCCCCCCCCUUGCCCUAAUAUUUUCGCCCAAUACCUCUUGCCAGUAGCAAACUGUAAAAUGCUAAAAGAAUGUGGAGGAAGGUAAAUGGAGUGGGUUUCUUUAAAAAAAAAAAAAAUCUCCUGGAGUGACAGCAUUUUACUGGUUCUACAGAAAUGCAGGACUGAAAAACUGUGUCCAGCCAAUGCUGCUAGGAGUCCAGCCUCUCUUUUUUCAGGUGCCUCCAACCACAAAUGCCCGUCCGUGUGCCUCUCUGCGUCCUUCUGUGUAGCUUCUCUUUCUGCACUCCCACCUGUUGUCCUUCAGUCACCAGCUCUUCUCUCUUAGGCACUGUGUUCCCUAAGCCAAGAAAUAAAAAGAGGCCUGAUUGGACAUGUUGCAUGGCUUGAAGAAGCAGAAAGAGGAUGAACUGGACCUGGAGCAAAAGAAUAUGCAACAUUAAGAGGACACUCUGGAGACCUGUUUGGAGAGAGCCUUGUGGAGCAUCCUGGGAUGGGGAGGGAGGGAAGGACACGAUUUCUGGCUAUCAGAACUGACACUGUGAAAACCAAACCUUGAAGUAUAUGGAUGGAGCCAAAAGGGAAACCACUGUCCAUCCACAUUUCCAUCCAUGCACGAGUGGCAUCAAGAGGCUCUGGGUCCCUGCUCUCUUCUUCUUGCUCAGAUGCAUUUCUAAGGUCCAGCAAGCCAUUUUGAACAUUGUUCCUCAGCCCUUUCCUGGGUGCAAACAAAGCUAGCAGAGUUAGAAACCAGGCAAUACUCAAUGAAAGGGGUCAUAAGCCAUACUGGAGAGCGGAGCUGGCAAAAGAAAACCCAAACAAAUAGUGCAAAGGGCACUCGUCAAUGAACUACCAGUCACUGUGAUGCUAUCAACCAGGCCAAAUACCAUCAUCCGUGUUGUCCCAGGUGUUGUUUUGGUGAGAUGUUGGAAGCAAUGCUCUGUGUUCUUCUUCAGACAGACUAGUGAACCAAUUACUGUGGGUUAUCAAAGCCAUUACCUCUGUUGCAUUAAAAGGGGGAGAGCAAAGUAGCCCCUGGAUGGCCUUAAGGCAUGAAGUGGAUAGAGAGGCGUCCCAUGUAUUCUGCACCAAGAUUUAUGAGCAGCCCUUGGAGCUAGAAUUGGGUUGGGUGCUCUCCUUGUCUCCUGUGAUGCAUGCACCUCCUCUAGGGCAGGACUGGUGGGUGAUUUUUCAUGUUCAUAAACUUUGCAGGGAGCUGAAGAAUAAUAUAGGGAUGGUUGGAAGGAAAGAGUCUUUAGAAGCUAAAUGGGAUGUUUCUGGUGAACAGAACAGAAGUGAACUGCUAUUUAAUCCAUUGCCCCUGGUAAAGAUCUGUAUUUUUACUUGU